UUUUAUAGCAAACUACGUAGUACUUUUGAAGAAGCCAGGCAGAGCGAACAUUGUAGGGUCUCUUCGGAACUAACUGAAGUUUAUUGUCUCUGAAGUGCGUUUACUUUGCAGUUUUAUUCAAAAUGAACCCACCAUGUGCUAGGUGUAAUAAAACUGUAUAUCCUAUGGAGAAAAUGUCUGUGUUAGACAAGGUUUGGCAUAAAGGGUGCUUUCAAUGCGAAACAUGUGGCCUGAAGCUGACAUUGAAGACCUACAAAGGUUAUUCAAAAAAGCCAUAUUGUAACACUCAUUAUCCAACAACCAAAUUUACACAAGUGGCAGACACACCUGAAAACAAACGCCUUGCUCAGCAAUCAAAGAAUCAAAGCCAGAUCAGUUACACAAGUCAGAGUAAGAAAGCUGUCCCAUUACCUUCAUCGCCGUCUUCAGCUCCUCCUCCAAUCCGAGGAUACCAACCACCAGAACCAGCAUACCCACAGCCACCCCGGGAGCCCGACCCGGUUCCAUACCAGCAACCGCUGCCCUCUAUUGUUCAUGAACCACUGCCUCCGGUGCCACCUCAAUCCUCAAAUCAGGCAAAGUAUCAAGCUCUAUACGAUUACGCUGCUGCUGAUGAUGACGAGGUGUCGUUUGCCGAAGGAGAUUAUAUCAUUGAAGUGACCGUUAUUGAUGACGGUUGGAUGGAAGGUAGAGUACAGCGAACAGGCCAGUACGGAAUGCUUCCAUCAAACUAUGUCGAGAAGGUUUAAUUAUUUUUUUUUAACAUUAACCCCUUUCAUAUUUUUUAGUAACAUUAACGGUAGAGCAUUUGAUAGACUAUUUGAUAGGAUUUCCUGAGAUGAAAGGUUAUCUCAUAGCUAUUUCCUAUGUCGUGCUCAACCAAUGUUCAAUAUAAAUAAUCUAGUUUCUUUGGUCGUAUAAAUUGUAACUCAUAAUUCUGUAUAGAGCAUAAUAUGCACACACAAAAAUUGACAUAUUUUACCAUAUUUGUGUUAUCAAUUAACCAAUGGCAUUAAUUAAUCAAUGUAUCACAUACCUAUCUGUAUUUUAUUUUAUUUUUAUUUUUUUUUGUACAUUACAGUGUAGUAGCUUAAAUGUAGCUGAAAAACCCGCACUGUGGCAUAGUUACCUACGCACUCCUUUAGGCAAACUAGGUGUACACUACAUUAUAUCUAUCGGGUAGUUAAAGCUUUGUCUUAACACUAUUAUCAAAUUUUAUGUGCCAAGUAACUGUAAAAUUGCCAAUAUUUGGGUGUAAUAUAUCACACCAUCAUGCCCAAAUUUGUCAAGUGUGGACAAAGUUUUGUAUCAAUAAUCACCAACUAAAUACUGGUUAUUUUUUUAUGAGCCUUUUAUGUGUAUAAUUUGUUUCAUCCAGUUUUGGUGUAUUAUGUUAAUCAUUAAUAAGGUUUACUGUAUAAACUGGUGCAACUAAAUACGAUCAUCAUUUGGUCUAUCAUACAUAUUUUUAAAUUGGUUUCUUAAUUUUUAUUUGACAAUAUUCUUUGCUAAAUCUCAUAAUUAUGAGUAUGUCUAUUAAAGUUAGGUCUUUUUGGGUUCUUAAGUUUUUCUUUAAGGCUGUGGAUAUAUUUAAUAUUGUCAUUUAAACGUAUGAUAAAUUGAUCGGAUUAUGUCAAAUCAGUUCGCGUAUGCACAUACUCUCGGCUUAAAUUGUCAUUCUUAUUUGUGCUAGUAUUUUGUACUUAAAUUUUUAGCUUAUAGGCGCACUAUGCGAAUAGGGCUUUGCCACUCAACUAUGUUUUGUUUCAUCCCUAAUAACGUAGCGACUACUGCAGGGCAGUUGCUUAAGAAUGCACACCUAUCAUAAAAACUGGGGCUGAAAAUAUUUAUACUCCCUGGCCGGUACAUGUCUCAGUACUUAUCCCAGUACAAUCAGCUUAGUAAUAGUCGCUCUAACGUCUGGGCCACAUAGCUCAGCCUAGGUUUAAUUUGAGAGAAUUGGGGAUGAAUUUGACCCUCAGAUAGUCAAAAUUACAGAAUUGCCAUAUGGCCUAGCUUAAGUAGGCCUAGAUUAGUGGCUCCUUAUAAAGUAUUUGUCGCACUGAAAAUUUCUAAGAUACACACCACCAGCACCACCACCACCAAGAAUGACUAGCCGAGGGCGUGUGCAUGCAUGUGCAAUUCGGCUUGAUUCCUCCGUUUAUGAUGACGUUAUCCACAGUACUUUUACUCAAUUGGGGAAAUGUACAAGUGUUAAAAUCCACUCCAUUUUAAUAUGUAUAUAUACGGUAGCACUUGCAAAACAUGUACUGGAAAGGUUACUAGAUCAUGUACUUUCCAUGUAGGAAUUUUACCCAAUGUUACUCAAUGGGGAUUUAGUUAAGGAUAAAUAUAACAAAAGAAUUGAUGAUUUAGCGAAUAUGCUCAUAAAAGGGCUGCAGAAAUUGCACGUUGAAGAAGGGUAAAAAUUGUGAAUAAAUAAUAUAAAUAAUCAUGUUAAAAAUAAUAAAAAAUAGGUAUAUCACCUCAUUUGGAAUUCUUCAUAUUAAGUUAUUUUCAUUUUAGAAAGCAAUGUUCCCCUUAAAAUUAUUGUAAUACGGUAUGUAGAAUAAUGAGUAACAGUGAAUUAAUUACAUUAAAUUCUGUGUUUUUUAACAUAUUUUUUUGAAGAAACUUGUAUUACUUAUCCAUUUGAUUAUUUACAAUGAUCUAUUUUUGAUAUGUAUAUUUUUUACAAUGUUUAGUUUUGUUUGUAGCAGUUGUCUACAUGAUUACCUUUAAUACUGGACCGAGCUUUGCUAAAUUUUUGUUUUUAUAUGAUGGAUUUUUUAUAGAAUAAAUCUUGUUUAUUAUCAUUAUGCUAUAAGGAACCAUAUAUGCUUUGAUGUAAAAAUGGUUUAUGUACUAAAAGGGAUGGGUCCAAAUCAUGUCUUUCACAUCAAAAACGUUGUAAUAAAACUAUAAGGAUGAGAAUAAAUUCUGUCUAUGCACUCUACAAA